AUACAAGUAGGAUGUAGAAGAAAUUCAACGAGGCAACUGGCUGUGCCCAUCUUCACCACCGUCAGUGCAGCGCACGGUGAGCUGCAAGAAAGAUAAACAAAAAAUACAAUUGCAGGUGCCGCUCGACAGGUGCCGCCAGAACCGCAUGGUUAAUGCCAAUCACCCAGGUUCUUCACUCCCCAGAAAACACCUGCGAUCUUCAAUAUACUGUGCCUAUUCCGCCUUAUCAAGCAAGCGUGAUGUAGAGUGCAGCAUGCCCUGCACUCACAUCGCCUGCUGCAUAAUCUGCAGGAGCUGCUCCUUCUCGCGUUGCAGUUGCCGGAUGCGCCGGACCAACUCGGUCUCGACCAUCGACAGGUCGAACACUGGCUGUGUGUGGUGGCCCAUCUGUGUGCCUAACAGCACACCAAUUGCUCAGAUGCCAGCUGCCAUCGAUUUGCAUCGAUUCGCACAUCCGGCAUAUGAACACCAGCUGCAAUCCCUCCCCACCCACUCAGCACUACCUGUGCCAUUGGGGGAGAAGCCGCAAGUGCACAGGCGAUAGUGGUGGGGGUGCACAAUAGCCUCAGGCUCAAAC